AUGGAUCCCAACAAUCCCAAUAACCCGAACAACCCCAAUCGCCUGAAUAUGAAUUACGGGUAUGACCAGCAGCACUACAACGCGGCCAACAACCGCGCCUAUCCCACUACCCCCUCCGCGUUUCCCCAGCCGAUCUACCAGACUCAGGGGGCCCAGGACUACGUCGAUCCUUCCAAUCCUGCUUAUGCCCCGGGAUAUUUCAUGAACAACGGAUAUGCCCCUCAGGCCCAGCAACAACAGCAGCAGCAGCAGCAGCAGCAACAGCAGCAGCAGCAGUAUGCCCAGCAGCAGUACGCACAGCAACAGCAGGCCCUGCAGUCGUCUCAGCCCGCCUUCCAGACUCGCGUAGGAUACACCACCGACGGCGCCAAUGGUCUUAUUCAGCAAUUCUCCAAUCAAGACCUGAACGCUAAUCGGGGAAACUUCUUUAACCGCGCAGGCUCUCCUGCUCAGCGACCUCGCACUGCUGGCGGCUCCCCAGCCGCAGGCCCUACUCAGGCCGCACACCUGGCUCCCCCCGAGAAUGUGCACAAGCGAGGCAAGGCCGCCAAGGAGCUGGUGACCGUCUUCUUUCAUGAGAAUAUCGAACGGGCUCGUGAUCGCAAUAUGCGCUCCGUGGACCUCGACAAGACCCUUCGGGAUGCCAACAUCCCCUCCGAUCAAAAGCGCCGGGAUGCCGAGUCCAUUUCAAAGCGGGAAUCAGACUUCCUUCGUUUCUUGCGAACCAAGGAGACCCCACAGAAUUUCCAGACCAUCAAGAUCAUCGGCAAGGGUGCUUUCGGUGAGGUGAAACUGGUGCAGCGCAAAACAGAUGGCAAGAUCUAUGCCCUGAAAUCUUUGAUCAAGACGGAGAUGUUCAAGAAGGACCAGCUGGCACACGUUCGUGCCGAGCGUGACAUCUUGGCGGACUCGAAGGACAACCCGUGGCUCGUGAAGCUGCACGCAUCCUUCCAAGACUCAGCUUAUCUGUACCUUCUGAUGGAGUUCUUGCCGGGUGGCGAUCUGAUGACGAUGCUCAUCAAAUAUGAGAUCUUUUCGGAGGACAUCACUCGAUUCUACAUGGCUGAGGUUGUCAUGGCCAUUGAGGCUGUACACAAGCUCGGCUUCUUGCACCGUGAUAUCAAACCUGAUAACAUCCUUCUUGAUCGGGGUGGUCACGUCAAGCUGACUGACUUCGGUCUGUCGACUGGAGGCAAGAAGACUCACGACAACGCGUACUACCAGAACCUUCUCAAGAAUUCGACCUCAAAGGACCGCAACCGCAACUCUGGUUACUUCAAUGAUGCCAUCAACUUGACUGUCUCAAACCGUGGCCAAAUCAAUACCUGGAGAAAGUCCCGUCGCGCCAUGGCGUACUCAACUGUCGGAACUCCCGACUACAUUGCUCCCGAAAUUUUCAAUGGUCAAGGUUACACCUACCUGUGCGAUUGGUGGUCUGUUGGUGCCAUCAUGUUCGAGUGUCUUGUCGGCUGGCCUCCGUUCUGCGCCGAAGAUACCCAUGACACGUACCGUAAGAUCGUCAACUGGCGUGAAUGCCUCUACUUCCCUGAUGAGCUGGUUCUCUCUCGUGACUCUGAAUCGUUGAUCCGAAGCUUCUUGUGUGAUCCCGAGCACCGCAUAGGUAGCGAGGGUGGCCAGCAUGGUGGCGCAACCCAGAUCAAGAACCAUCCUUUCUUCCGGGGCGUGGUUUGGGAGCAACUCCGUGGCAUUCGUGCGCCAUUCGAGCCCCGUCUCACCUCCAACAUUGACGUGUCUUACUUCCCGAUUGACGAGAUUCCGCAAGAGGACACCAGCGCUAUCCACCGUGCUCAGGCCCGCGCCAUGCCAGACUCGCAGGAGGCCGAGAUGAGCCUGCCAUUCAUUGGGUACACCUACAAGGCCUUCAACGCCUUCCAAAGCAGUUAG